UUUGGGAAAAUUGCGGGAGUAGUUCCCUCCCUACAUCGCCAGGAAAACCUGUGGUGGCUCUCACCACCUCCUUCCACCCUCGCAGAUGCAGACUGUGAGUGUUACACAUCAGCCGGGAUCAUUCCAGCUCCACUUCUGCGUCUCAGGCAGACUUAAAUCAGGGUUUGCAGUGGACAUCCAGUUUACACAGGGUUUGGUUAUGAAAAUGUCUCUUUUGCCAUGUUAAUAGCUCAACUAUUAACUGAGGAGGGAAGAGCCCUGCUGCACUGGACAAAAGACUGAGACCACUCAGAGUUCUCCUCUGAUCCCCCGACUUGGACAUGGGGAAAGUCUACUAUGUCAGUAAAAACGUGGGCCUCGGCUUGCUGGUAUUGGCGGCCACUGCUCUGGCUACGAUUAUAGCUCUGUCCAUUGCUUACGACAAAGAAAGGGCCAAGAAUCGAGACAAGCCUGAAGAUGGAACAUCAGACACCACCGGCAUGCCUACUCCCCCCACGACCCCCUUUAUUCCCAGGGAGCCCUGGGACCACUACAGACUCCCGGAAUCCCUUGUUCCUGUCUCUUACAAUGUGACCCUGUGGCCCCGUCUGGAGCCCAACGCAGACGGCUUGUACAUCUUCACUGGACAUUCAGCAGUGGUCUUCAAAUGUGUGAAGGAAACGGACCUCAUCAUCAUCCACUCCAACAAGCUCAACCUCACCACCUUCAACGGGCACCAUGCUAAGCUAAGUAGCCUGGGUGGAGCCACCGUGCCCACUAUACUAAAGUCUUUUCUUAUUGUAAGGACUGAGUAUCUGGUUCUUCAGCUGCGCAGCAGACUAGCAGUUGGAACAUUAUAUGUUCUCCACACUGAAUUCUUGGGGGAGCUGGCAGAUGACCUGGAAGGUUUCUACAGGAGUGAAUACACUGACGAUGGUGUGAAGAAGGUUGUUGCCACCUCGCAGAUGCAAGCAACGUAUGCCAGGAAAGCUUUCCCUUGUUUUGAUGAGCCAGCCAUGAAAGCUGUCUUCAAUAUCACGAUCAUCCACAACAGUGCCACUGUGGCCCUGUCCAACGGCAGGGACAUUGGCACUACAGACUCUGUCAUUGAUGGCGUGCCUGUCAGAGUGACGACAUUUGAACCCACAGAGAGAAUGUCCACAUAUCUGCUGGCAUUUAUUGUCACUGACUUUGUUAACAUUCAAUCAACACAAAACAGCAAUCUGUUGGUUCGAAUCUGGGCUCGAAGAAAAGCCAUCGAUGACAGGCAGGGUGACUAUGCUCUCAACGUGACAGGGCCGAUCCUUCAGUUCUAUGAGCGCUACUACAAUGCAUCAUAUCCGCUCUCCAAGUCAGAUCAGAUCGCUCUGCCUGACUUCAAUGCUGGGGCGAUGGAGAACUGGGGUCUGGUCACAUACAGGGAGACAGCCCUGCUCUACGACCCCAUCAUGUCCUCCACUGGAAACAAAGAGAGAGUAACAACUGUAAUCUCCCAUGAACUCGCACACAUGUGGUUUGGCAACCUGGUGACUCUGCAAUGGUGGAAUGACCUGUGGUUAAACGAGGGAUUUGCAUCCUACGUGGAGUACCUUGGAGCGGACUAUGCUGAGCCCACCUGGAACAUUAAAGACCAGAUCCUACUGUAUGAUGUACACAAGGUAUUUGCUGUAGAUGCCCUGGCCUCCUCACACCCGCUGUCCCGCCGAGAAGAGGAGGUCAAUGACCCCGCUCAGAUCAGUGAGAUGUUCAACACCAUCUCCUACAGCAAGGGAGCUGCGGUGUUAAGGAUGCUGUCAGAGUUCCUCACUGAGCCUGUGUUUGCCAAAGGACUAAGUUCUUACCUGAACACAUUCGCCUUCAGCAACACAGUGUAUACAGACUUGUGGGACCACCUCCAACAGGCAGUUGAAAACACGCCUGGCAUGCACCUUCCUGACACAGUCCACAACAUCAUGAACCACUGGACUCUCCAGAUGGGCUUCCCAGUGGUCACUAUUGACACCCAGACAGGAAGUAUCACCCAGAAACAUUUCCUGUUGGAUCCAGAAUCCGUAGUGGACAGGCCCUCUCAGUUCAACUACACUUGGUUUGUCCCAGUCAAAUGGAUGAAGACAGGUGUGGAGCAGCAACAGUACUGGCUCCUUCAAAAGACAGAUGUCCACAGUCUAAUGAGAGUGUCAGGAGAGGACUGGGUGCUGGCGAACAUCAAUGUUUCUGGGUACUUUAGGGUGAACUAUGACCUGGAUAACUGGGAUCGUCUCCUCUCGCUGCUCAACACUGACCAUCGGGCUUUAUCAGUCAUCAACAGAGCUCAGAUCAUAGAUGAUACGUUCAACCUUGCAAGAGCCAAAAUAAUCAAUACAACAUUGGCCCUGAGAACAACCAAAUACCUGUCCAAUGAAAGAGAAUACAUCCCCUGGGAGUCAGCUCUGAGAAACCUCGACUACUACAUCCUCAUGUUUGACCGCACUGAGGUCUAUGGAGCCUUACAGGCAUACCUCAAGAAACAAAUACAACCACUUUUUGAGCACUUCAAGACAAUUACAGCUGACUGGACCAUAGUGCCUACAGGACACACUGACCAAUAUAAUCAGAUCAAUGCUAUUGGAAUAGGCUGCAGUGUGGGUGUGGAGGGGUGCAGGGAGCUGAUUAAAGGCUGGUACAGACAGUGGAUGAAAAAUCCACAUCCCAGCCCGAUCCAUCCCAACUUGAAAAGCACAGUUUACUGCAAUGCCAUAGCCUUCGGUGGUGUGGAAGAGUGGGACUUUGCCUGGAGAAUGUUCAAGAAUGCCACUCUUGCAUCCGAAGCUUCCCGGCUGAGGUCGGCCAUGGCCUGCACCAAAGUUCCCUGGCUCCUGAACAGGUAUCUGGAGUACACACUUGACCCCACUAAGAUACGCAAGCAAGACGCCACCUCUACCAUUCAGUACAUUGCCCGGAACGUUGUGGGAAUGCCGCUGGCCUGGAACUUCGUCAGAGCAAAAUGGAGCUACAUUUUCCAGCAGUAUGGGAAAGCUUCAUUUUCCUUCUCUAACCUCAUCCAUGGAAUCACAAGGAGAUUCUCUUCAGAGUUUGAGUUGCAGGAGCUGAAGAAAUUCAAAGAAGACAACCUUCAUGUUGGUUUUGGCUCGGCCACACUGGCCCUGGAACAGGCAAUAGAGAAGACCGCAGCCAACAUUAAAUGGGUGACGGAGAACAAAGCCCAAGUGCUCAAGUGGUUUACUGAGGAGUCCACAUGAGAACACUUUGACAGUCAAAAUGACUCACUCCCUUUUUCUGUACAGUCAGGGAUACGUAAUGAAGGACAAUCACUAUAAUCAUCAGGAGUAACAAACUGUUUCAUGGUAACAGUUGCGCAAAGAAAACUGAUGUGACCUAAUUCAUCACAGGACAUCAGCUCCAGAGCAGAGGACCAGACGUGAUGAACAGCAGACCACAUGUGUCACUGUGUAUCAGAGGUGUAGCAGUAAUGACAGUGGUGCUUCCACUGCUAGUCUCUCAUUGUCAUAACAUUGUAACAAAAGAUGGUUUUACUAGCAUAACAUUUUUUUUAGAUUCAGAAUGCAUUCAUUUAUAUCUUUUUCUUUUCUUCAUACUUCACAUUAGACAGUAUGUUGCUGCUUACCAUGACGUAUGCAAUACAUUUAAACCACAAACAUGAGGCAUUUAACCGCCUGUAAAACACCAGAGCAGAUUCAGUGUUCACUGUCAUUGAACCUACAUCUGACCCACGAAUAUGACUGUCAGAAGUGACCCUGUGGGAUAUUAAACGUCAGACUUCAGAGAAAAAGGAAAUAUUCAGAAGUCGGAGUUUGGAUGUCAGAGUUGUUGUUCCAUUGGCCCUAUUCCUCUUCUGUAUGUAUCCCUUUAAAUGUCUGACUGCUUUGCAGUGCUAACAGGGUUUUUAACAACUUUGGUAGAAGUUGUUCCAUGUUGUUCCGUGUUCUGAUCUUUACAUUGAGAAUCAACUUGCCCUUCAGCGUUACAAGACAAAGUGAUCUUACUGAAUAAACUGGCCUGAUUUGGUUAUUAUUGGGA